CAGUCGAAAAAGAUGUCCACAUGCAUUCUCUGGAGAAAGUGCAUUAUAUAUAUCGUUCUUGGUGUUGCCAAUAAGGAAUAAUAAAGAGUCACAUACAUACAUCAAUUUUAUUGAAACUGAAAUUGUUGUUGAGAAAGAGAGAACGCAAGCUAAUAAGGUAAGGAAGAGUGUUGUAUUAAAUAAAGAGAAAAUGGAAUGGAGAAAGUGCUAUUUGGAUGUGAUACUGGUGCCAUUGGGGUUGAUAGUGAGCAUUGGGUACCAUAUGUGGCUGUGGCACAAGGUCAGGACUCACCCUCACACCACCAUCAUUGGCAUCAACUCUAGUGCCCGUAGGAAUUGGGUUAAUACCAUGUUGAAGGUUCAACCCUAAUGGCCACAACCUCCAUCCUCCUCUGCUCCGGCCUAGCGGCCGUGAUAAGCAGCACCUACAGCGUCAAAAAGCCGCUGAACGACGCGGUGUACGGCGCGCACGGCGAGUUCAUGGUAGCUUUGAAAUACGUGACGCUGCUGACUCUCUUCCUCUUCUCAUUCUUUUGCCACUCCCUGUCCAUAAGGUUCAUAAACCAAGUAAACAUCCUAAUCAACAUUCCUCAGGAUCCAAUGUCUCUUGUGACUCCAGAAUACAUAAGUGAGAUAUUGGAGAGAGGGUUUAUGUUGAACACGGUUGGGAACAGGAUUUUCUACGGUGCACUACCUCUUUUGCUCUGGAUAUUUGGUCCUGUGCUGGUCUUCCUGUGCACCAUCACUAUGGUUCCAGUGCUAUACAAUCUUGACAUUGUGUUUACUACUGCCAAGGGAAAGAUGCUCAACGCCAAUCAAAACGGAGAUUUUGUAUGAAAUUAUUAUAUAUCUAUGUUUCUAUAUAUGUACAAUCUUAAUUAUAAUAAUAAACAUUAUUAUGUGAA